CCCAGGAAUCCUGGCUGUUCAUUCCCAUGCUUCAAGGCACCGCGUCAGGAACCACCACACCAGCUCCUGGGAUCAGCCACUCAUCCACCUAGGACCCCGCUGUGUCUGAAGUACCAAGGCCAGGUUUGGCUGACCACGAAUGGCUACCCAAAGGAAACACCUGGUGAAAGAUUUCAAUCCUUACAUUACCUGCUAUAUCUGUAAAGGGUAUCUCAUCAAGCCGACCACGGUGACGGAAUGCCUCCACACCUUCUGUAAGACAUGUAUUGUCCAGCACUUUGAAGAUAGCAAUGACUGUCCAAGGUGUGGCAACCAAGUUCACUAGACAAAUCCUUUAGAAAUGUUGAGGUUGGAUAAUACAUCAGAAGAAAUUAUAUUUAAGCUGGUCCCUGGACUCAGAGAGCAAGAACUUGAGCGGGAAUCUGAAUUCUGGAAGAAAAACAAGCCUCAAGAAAACGGACAAGAUGAUACUUCAAAAGUUGACAAGCCCAAAGUGGAUGAAGAAGGUGAUGAAAAUCAAGAUGAUGAAGAUUAUCACAGAAGUGACCCACAAAUCGCCAUAUGUCUGGAUUGUUUACGAAACAACGGCCAGUCAGGAGACAACGUGGUAAAGGGUUUAAUGAAGAAAUUCAUUCGAUGUUCUACACGUGUGACUGUAGGAACCAUUAAAAAAUUUCUAAGUUUAAAACUAAAACUUCCAAGUUCUUAUGAGUUGGAUGUGCUGUGCAAUGGUGAAAUUAUGGGGAAGGAUCAUACUAUGGAAUUCAUCUGUAUGACAAGAUGGCGUCUAAGAGGCAAAAACUUUCGGUGUGUGAACUGCUCAUCUUCGCAAGUCUGCCCACAGGAUGGCCCUUUGUAUCAGUCGUAUCCUAUGGUAUUGCAGUAUCGACCAAGAAUUGAUUUCGGUUAGACCAAGGGACCUGGCCGUCACUGAGAUGAAUCCUGCACUAUUGGUUUACUCAUGAACAGAUUGCACCGUGAAUGGUGUGUGGACGAGAGGGAAACAGAUUUUCAGCAUGCAGAUAAGGCCAUUGUCUGUCUCAACUGUCAGUUGCAUUCAUGUUGUUUCUAUCAGAAGCAAACCAAGUGCCAUUUUGCUCCUGAACUGUCUACGCAAGGUAUUUGUGCCAUCUCACAGCGUGCAAGUCGUGGGUAAAAUCAGGUGUGCAUCAGGAACCUAAGUAUUCGCUUGCCUGUUCCAAGACUGUAACAUUAUUUACACUAGCUCAGUGGCUCAGUCUUUGUGGUACUGCAGUUUUCACAUACUAUUUCAUUAAUUUUUAUUCAAGUAGAGUACUGUACAAGAACCUGAUAGUUAUAUCUUGAAAUUAUUUUGUAUGGAAAUAGAGAAGUGGUUUCUGAACCAUUGUCCUGUUCUUGGUUAAGCUUUUUAUGUAAAAAAAAAAUCCAUGCUUGAGUGUGCAAGUCCUCCUGUGAAGAAUUCCAGUCAUUCUUUAACCUUGGAGCACAUCCUCACUGUAGACCUUCUAAGCGUCUGUCUAGGCUACCAGUUGCACAAGGAAGGCACGUCAGCCCUCCCAGUGGAAAACACAUGUGACUUCCUGGACAAUUGAAGAUGGAUUCGCAACCAUUCUAAAUGUUGGCAGCUGAUCAUUUACUCCUAAUAAAAAAUCAG